AUGUCAACAACCGCGACGACUUCCCCGGCUCCUGUCCCUGCCCCUACUACCCCUGCCCCGCAGGUUCUUCCCGAGGAUGUUAUCAAAACUCCUACAGAGACCUCCAAGCCCGUUAACCAGACCGUCGCGCAGAUCCGCUCCCUCAUCGCUGGUGGGGUAGGUGGUGUCUGCGCCGUUGUGGUCGGGCAUCCCUUUGAUCUCGUCAAGGUGCGAUUGCAGACGGCUGAGAAGGGUAUCUAUUCGGGUGCUAUAGACUGUGUGAAGAAGACGAUUGCGAGGGAGGGGUUGGCGAGGGGUUUGUAUGCCGGCGUUUCUGCUCCUCUGGUAGGAGUUACGCCUAUGUUCGCUGUCAGCUUCUGGGUAGGUCGCGCGCGUCUUUGCCAAUUACGAAUGCUUUGGUAA